UGAAACCACCAUCGGCGCUAUUGAGAGUCCUCCAUUGUUCCCCUACAAACCAUCCAAGAUCCUCAAUAUCCCCGCAUCGGGCACCCUCAUUUCAGGUUGACCGUGCUGCACCUGGCGCUAUCUGAGUUCCUGUCAGCCGGUCCGACGUCCGUCCCACCCCUUCUUCGUGCUGGGCGUCGUUGCCGGUCUCAUCCUUCCGUUUACCAUGUCUCUCCACACUUCCUAUCACGCCGACUCCGAUGCAGAUGACGAGUACGAGCGCAGUGUCAUCACAUCCCCUCACCUAGCCGACGAUUCGGAAGCAUCCCCCUCCGAGUCCGAUUUCCCUUCCGCCGAACAUACCCCAACCACCCUGGCCAAUGUCGACGACAACCCUCGCUCUCCCAAAACAAUUAUCACAGAAUGGACGGCCGAAGAGUGCGCACAUUUUGUCGCGGCUCUGGGCCUUCGUCAGUACUGCGCGGCUUUCCUGGAGAAUGAGAUCGUCGGCGAAGCGCUUGUCGCGCUGAAACAUGAUGAGCUGAAGGAAAUGGGUAUUGCCAGUGUGGGACAUCGAUUGACCAUCCUCAAAAGCGUGUACGAAACCAAGGUCAAGCAAGAUAUCCCGCUGGACGCAGAUCACUACAUUCCUCUUUCUGCCGACCAAAGUAUGAACGAAGGUGCAACGCAAGAUGAUGUCGCUCGUUUGAUCCAGUCCAUCCGAUUGCGAGACGAACGGAUAUUCACGGUGGAGGCAGAGCUGCGGCGUAUGGCAGAAGACUACCGCCGACUUCGAGAGGAACUCCUACCUGUUUUCAAGAUGGCCAAAGAUCGAUCGCAACCGCUCCCGCCCCCUUCGGCGCUACCUGGGCCUGCGCCCGAAGCAUACCACGAGCCCCCGAAUCUGACUUCUCCUUCUGGCAUCACGAUCCUGGACCGCUCAGGAUCGAUCCUUUCGAGGACAUUCUCCAAGCGGGGACAUACUGGAGGGAGUACUCCCAAGACCAGCUCCCCUACUUAUAUUCCGCCGGCCAUUCACGAAGGGCGCAUGUAUGGUGAUGCUGGUGGGCUGGAUCCGUCCACGGCAAACUCAUCUCACAUGGCCAUGAUGAACGGCAAAGCACAGCUGUCGCCAGGCAUUCCAUCGCCGACGUCGCCAGGGAACCUUCACACGCAGACGCUGGCUUCACGAGCCUACUCGCAACCGAGCUCCACCAGCGUUAAUAACGCCUCGCACAACCACCACGACGACACUGCCCCCUCGCAAUCCCGCUCCGACAGGUUGAAUCCUACCCCAACGCAAGCCACCCGCCCUGAUAUCCCGACACGGUCGGAUUCCCGAGCAACUGGGGAUCCUCCGAGCGUCGAGAUCUUCAAGUCUUUCCGAGUUUCAAUGGACGAUCCCUGCCAUAAGGUUCUCCCCGCCGCCUUGAAGAAGUACAAUAUCAAUGCGGACUGGAAGCAGUAUGCGCUAUAUAUUGUAUAUGGUGACCAGGAACGGUGCCUUGGGCUGGAGGAGCGGCCGCUGAUCCUGUUCAAGCACCUUGAGAAGGAAGGACGGAAGCCGAUGUUUAUGCUACGAAAACAAGCCCAUCCCGACAGCAAUAUGUAUGCCACGGGUGGGGGGUCUGCCCCGAAUAGCGCCGGCUUUGACGCUCGACAAGCCCAGAUCAAUUUACCCGGUGGAGUUCUGUGAGCAUAGCAUUUCUCGAUGAAAGGUCUUGUGAUUCACUUUCUUGCUUGCGAUACCCCAGGCGCCUCUGGUGACCACCUUUACACCAUUUUCUCCAUACUGACCUAUUUACUUUUUUCUACCUU